AUGAAUGCUAAUGAACCCGCAGCGCGCUCCACCUGUCCCCUUAUACCUUUGCCCUGCCGGUGUUCGAGUCGGAGGUUUCUCUCAUCUGUCGAGAGUCUGGGGGCCAAGUCACAGCCCCCACAUCUCUCCUCUGGCCCAGGGCAGCGUUAUCGCGCAUCUGGCCUCGCGCCGAGGGAGCUGGUGGCGGGCCUGGGGACCCAGCCUGUCCCCGCCUGCCUCGGCGCCUCAUCCCUCCCCGCCACCCCCCUCUCCGCCCCGGUGUCGGGUCCCCGCGCUCCUCCCCCGCGCCCGGCUCUGCGCUCAGGCUGCGGCUGGCCCGGGGCAGGCGCGGCGCGCAAGGUGGCGGCGGGGACCCCGUGCAGCGGCUCCGGUGCGGGGAGAGGGGCUCAGCCUCAGCCGGGCCUGCGAUCGCCGCGGCCCUCGCUCACCCAGCCGGUCUGGGGGGCCCUCAGGGCGCGCGGAGCGCCGAGUGCGCGUGGGGCUGGGCCCCGCACCCCGGCGCAGGAGCGCGGGCGCGCGCGGCGGAGCGCGGGCCAUGGAGCCGGCCCGGGAGCCGAUCCGGGAGCCCCCUGCGCGGGCCCGGCCACCGCCGCCCCUGCCGCGCGCCCCGCGCCUGCGCCCGCUGCGCCCAGGCCGCGAUCGCCCGCGGAGGCUGAGGGCCGCGGCCCCGAGGGGCUGCUGCGGCGAUCGGGGUCGGGCUACGAGGGCAGCACCAGCUGGAAGGCGGCCUUGGAGGACACCACCACACGACUCCUGCUGGGGGCCAUCGCAGUCCUUCUGUUCGCCAUCCUGGUGGUGAUGAGCAUCUUGGCUUCCAAGGGCUGCAUCAAGUGUGAAGCGCCCUGCCCGGAGGACUGGCUGCUCUACGGAAGGAAAUGCUACUUCUUCUCCGAGGAGCCGAGAGACUGGAACACGGGCAGGCAGUACUGCCAUACCCAUGAGGCCGCGCUGGCUGUGAUCCAGAGCCAGAAGGAGCUGGAAUUUAUGUUCAAGUUCACAAGGAGGGAGCCCUGGAUUGGCCUGCGUAGAGUUGGGGACGAAUUCCACUGGGUCAACGGGGACCCGUUUGACCCGGACACAUUCAGCAUCUCAGGCCCAGGAGAGUGCGUCUUCGUGGAGCCCACCAGGCUGGUGUCAACCGAGUGUCUGAUGACCCGGCCCUGGGUGUGCAGCAAGAUGGCCUACACAUGAGAGGGUUCAGGCCAGAGGCGGCCAAGGGAGACGUCCUCUCCCAGACCUGACCUGCCUCUCAUGGGAGUCGCCUGCCCUCUCCAAGGGGAGAGGGUGGACUCUGCCCCUGUCCCCUCUCUCAGACUCUGGAGCUCUGAGGACCUGGUUCCUGUCUCCUUUGUCCCCUCGGCAGGUCCUUUGGCUCAGCAGUUAAAUCCCAUGUGCUAAGUAGCCUAGCCAACCCUUCCCAGAGGCACGCGCGCACACACGUACACACACAGGCCCUCCUCAACAGCUCACUCUCAGCCGCCCUCACGUCCUUCCCUGGCCCUGUUUGGAACGUUCCUGCCUCACUGCAGCCCUGGUGCUUUGGGGAAGGCUGGGGGCUGACACGGUAAGACUUGGCACAGUAGCCAGCCUCUCCAGGGGCUUCUCUCAGGUUGCUGGGGGAGGUAGGCAGGCAAGGCAUCCCCCUCACCUUGGCCAGAUCAGCCCAGCCUGGAGACCCCCGUGUCCACUCUUCUUGCCUUCCCAGGGUCCUUGGGCA